CGCGGAAAACACUCAAUCAACGGUUUCAUACGGCAUUUGCUACGGACAAAACAGUUACAAGACCACUGUUUGGCUUUUAUCCUUUUUCUGCGUCUUCUGGAAAAACAAUAGUUUCAAACAAUAAUGGAGCAGCACGAAUUGAACGACAUUUACGCUUUUGCCGUGCAGCUCGGCAAGGAUGCCGGUGACAUGCUCAUGGCGGCUGCUCAGCGCCGGAUCGAUGGGAAUGGGGAGUCUUCGAGUGCUGUUUCGUAUGUUGAGAAAGAGAACUCGGUAGAUAUCGUGACAAAGACAGACAAUGAUGUUGAGAACUUUAUUCGCACAACUGUUCUCAGUAAAUAUCCCGAUCAUGGAUUCCUCGGGGAAGAGUCCUACUCUGCUGGUGCUUCGCGAACAUAUCUCGUUGAAGACAAACCGACAUGGGUAGUUGAUCCUCUCGAUGGCACCGUCAACUUCACACAUCUCUUCCCCAUGUUCUGCGUGUCAAUCGCUCUAGUGGUCAAGGGUGUUCCAGUCAUUGGCGUCAUCAACGCACCCUUCCUACGCCAAUUCUUCUCAUCAUGCACAGGACGAGGUGCAUGGCUCAAUGAGACACAGCGACUACCGUUGAUCAGAAACCCGAUUCCUCCGAUGCCUGCUAAUGCACCUAGCGGCUGUACGUUUUCGUGUGAAUGGGGCAAGGACCGUCGCGACAUUCCAGAUGGCAACAUGUCGCGAAAGGUCGAGUCUUUUGUCAACAUGGCUUCGGAGAGAAAUGGCAGGGGAGGAAAGGGUGGUAUGGUCCAUGGCAUGCGAAGCUUGGGCAGCGCGACGUUGGAUCUUGCGUAUACCGCUAUGGGAUCUUUCGACAUCUGGUGGGAGGGUGGAUGCUGGGAAUGGGACGUCGCGGCUGGUUUCGCGAUUCUCGAGGAGGCUGGUGGCCUUGUAACAACCGCCAAUCCUCCCAGUGACCCAGAGACUGCCGACAUUACAAGAGCACAUCUUGGGGGACGGCUGUAUCUGGCCAUACGCCCCGCAGGUCCAUCAGAAACAGAAACUGGACGACAGACACAAGAACGAACAGUGAGGGAGGUCUGGAAACGAGUCCGAGAAUUAGAUUAUAAGCGCCCAGGCGUAUGAACAGCCUCAGCAAUAUGAACAUAAUAAACAUAUAGAACAUCAUUCGAUGAGUA